AUGGCCGAAGACCUCAUCAAGUCACUGCGCCCUAUGGGGCGGCUCCAUACAGCUUUCGCCAUUCUGUACAUCAUCAUACCUACCCAGGGAAGCUCAUCCCAGGGCAGGGCAGACGGCUGUGUAGCCGCUACUUGCGACACACUGCAGCAGAUCAACACCUUGUACUGCCACUCCGACCCGGGACGAUUCUGCCAGUGUCGUCCAUCGGCGGGUAACGUUUGGACACUCCACGUGAUGACAUGCGUCGAUCCGUCAACGGUGUUCAGUUUCCGGCAUCAGGUAUGCGUCCACCCGUCGUUGCGAGAUGAUGCCGACUGUAGCCCGCAGAGUGACGAUGUCCAGGACGAAAACGUUGGGGAUGAUGAUGAUGAAACCGACGACGAUGGAGGCAAUGACGAUGCCGUGGGAUGUGAGGCGGUUCCUUGCGGGUCGUUUGAGAAGAUCAACACCCUCUCGUGUCACCCGGAUAGCAAACGGUUCUGCCAGUGUAGACCAAUUGCAAUCGAGUCGGAGUAUCCGAACAGGGGAGUGUUUGAGGCGAUUGACAUGCCUUGCGCUUCCGGUACAUCGUUCAGUUUCCGGCUACAAACGUGUGCUCGCGACGAACUGUGGAUUAAUACUUGUCCGUGA